GUCUGAGCGUGGCUUCGCUCUUGCGGUUCCCGUCCUCCGUUCGUAUCCUCUCAUCGUCUCCUUUCUCCUCAAUCACUGGGCACAAUGUCUCAGCGAGGCAGAGGUUCUUGUCGCAAUUUCGCCACCACAGGAAGAUGUCGGUUCGGCGACAGGUGCAGGUUUCAACAUAUUCGCGAUCAGAGCCCAUCGUCGAGUGACUUGCGUUCCCCUCAAUCCCCAGCCAGGCAAAACGUCGCUGCCGGCGCACCCUAUCGCGUCUGCAAUUACUACUGGACGACGGGCAAUUGCUCUCGAGGUUUCGAGUGUUCCUUCAAGCACGAACGCUCUCCCGCGACUGCUUCUGCCGCCGCUCCUGCAACAGAGGAGCAGGAUGAAGAUCCCGAUAUCUUCUCUGUCGAGGGGCUCGCUGCGGGUAAUGGGGUAACCCGUGACGAGGGGUAUAGCCUGACACCCAGCGAUGCACAUAACCACCUCAAGAAUUUCUUGGCGGACAACUUCCGGUUUGAUAACGCAUCGCGGGUGCAAGGCUUCGUGCGUAUCCUUGCGAGCAUCAAUGACCGCAACAAAGCAUGGAAUUCUGAGAGUGCUCAAGCAUUCCUCGACGCCGUGGUGAACGGGAAUGCACUUCUACGAAUCGGAGAUGUCCUACGUUUUGAGCCUGUCGACACCGCGAUCGGCCAUGGCCGAGGCGCGCUCUCUUUCCAGAAGGGAUAUUUUCCGAUUCUCCAGUAUUUUGCGUCCAAUCUAGUGCUGAAAACCACGAUGCACAAGAACAUCAAUCAUCUCUACAUAAUGUUGAAGAACAACUAUGACAUUUUCCGCACGGUGCUACACACAUCUCUGGGCAAAAUGAUCCAGGCGAAGUCGUGGAAAGAUCCGACAGUAGGGAUACCACAAUCCCUGCAGAACAGCCUCGACGGCGUCACAGUCUUCCAAACCAUUUCGACCGUUUUAUAUCAGCUCUUCACUAGGUUCAAAGAUGCGGUCCGUGACCACCCAGACAUCGUACAACUGGUCCUGGAUCUAGCAGCUUGGUUUGAUAGCUGGGCGGAUGACAUAUCGGCAAAUUCACCUCGCUUCAAUGACCCAUUAUCCUCCUCUCCGCCUAAUAUCAGAAAGCUCACCAUCUCUCGCCUCGAAGAAGAGAUCGCGCGCUUGAAGACGAUCGUGCGGCGUGAGUCUGAGACGGCCGAGAGACUCAGGCGGCCCACGACAAGAGUAGUCUUGAGCCUGGCGCAAAGGCGAGAAGCGUUGUACUCUCAGCUGGCGCAGACCUACGACCCGCCUGGGUCUCUUCGCCCAGGAGGGCCCAGGCACGAUAACGACAUGGACAAGAUCGCUGAUAUUCGUAUUGCGCCCACUCAUGGCGAGCUGCUCUCUCCUGUCGCUCCGUAUCUGCCGGUCUUUCUGCCUGACGCGCCCCAUCACCUUCCGACGAGUUCGAUGGACAGGCACUUGGACAUUCAGUUCCGCUUGCUCAGGGAAGAGUUGAUUGCGACGACGCGUUCAUCGCUUGCGGCUAUCCAAGCCGAUCUAGAUGUUAUGUGGCGGCCUCGGAGACGAGGUCAACGGCCUCUUACCAAGCUAGAGGAGAUACUCAAGACCAACGGUGGCGCUUACCGAACAACGGGAUACGACUCAGUCUUCUUCCAGGUCUACACGGGCGUGGAAUUCUCGCCCGUCAAGGCGGAGCGUCGGAACCUCACGGUUGGCCUUAGUUUCGACACACCUGAUCAUCGCAACGCAAGGGACAAGGACUGGAAAAAGCGUGUCGAUUAUUGGGAACAUAGCAAGCGCCUGCAGAGCGGCAGCCUUGUCGCCCUCCUCAUCGUGUCUCAUGGCAGCGCUAGGAUCUUCCUCGGUGUCGUCAGCUCGUUCUCCGGCGACAUUGCUGAAUCGGCAAAAGCAAGUGCGGAGCAGGUUCAAAUCCGCAUCUCGUUCUUUGAUGCCGAGGUUGAGCUGAUGGCUCUGCGGAAGGAGACGUUGUCCGUCGCUGGCAAUGCAUCUCGCUUCGCGCUUCUCAUAGACAACAACGUCAUGUUCGAGGCUUCUCGUCCCUUCCUAGAGCGGCUGCAGACCAUCGAACCGACGGAAAUCCCAUUCGCACGCUAUAUCGCCCACAGCGGCUCCUUGGACAACGUACCCUUGAAUCCUCCCCGAUAUGCAAUGACACCUCGCUUCACCUACAAGCUCGAUUGCCUCGCCAAGCCCGGCCAUGCUGGCCGCAUACAAGCAUUGAAUAUCUUGCAGCCUGGCGCUAAUGACAUAGCUCGUCGUCAACUCCGUGACCAUAGUGUGCUUGACCCCAGUCAGAUUGAAGCCGUCGUCAACACGUUCAAUCGCGAGGUGUCUCUGAUUCAAGGGCCACCAGGGACAGGAAAGAGUUAUACGGCUAAGGAGACCCUCCGUGUUCUAUUCGCCAGCAAGAUCAGACCUAUAGUCCUCAUCGCAUACACAAAUCAUGCGCUGGAUCAUAUGUUGACCUCGGUGCUCGAUGCCAAGAUCACUACCAAGCUUGUUCGCCUCGGCUCUCGCUCCUCUGAUGAGCGGAUCGCAGAAUAUACUCUGGAUAAGCUGGAGAAAGUAGCCGGAGGCUCAGACAUGCUCAGCCGACCAAUGCGGCGCCAGUAUGCGGCGAUGAAGGAACUCGAGGAGCAGAUGCAGAAAGUGAUGGAGUCAAUACAACUUCCAACUCUGACCUGGGAGAAGAUAGAGGAGUAUCUGACGAUUCACUGUCCAGAGCACGCUGAACACCUAGAGGGCCCUCCAUACUGGAUCACUGCUCUUACAGAGCAACUGUGGAAAGAAGAGACAGAAAACGGAGAAUGGAUCACUCAGCCAAAGGGGAAGAAGAAGACUGACAAUCAUCUAGCACGCACGCUCUAUGGAUUCUGGAAGAACGGUACGGAAAUUGACUUCAUCAAACCACGGCCUGCCACACAGCCGGCGCAAGCUGCGACACAUGACCCAGAAGUUAAGACCUUCUUUCAACUUCUUGGGUUCGACACGCUACCUCCUGUACCUGGUACUUCACGCCCUAUUUCGACUCUCCUGGAGACGGCGAAUGUAUGGCAAAUGUCACAGACGGAGCGAAUACUGUUGGCCGCGGAAUGGGAGAGAAGGAUCCGUGAAUUGGCAUACAACUCUCACCUGAAUCGGUAUGAGGAGUUGCGUGAACGCUACAAGGCGGUAUGCCAAGAAUACACUGAUAUGAAGGACGAGGCACGUCGACGCCUUCUCAGUCAGACGGAUUUGAUAGGCUGCACUACUACGGGCGCGGCGAAACUUACCUCGCUACUCAGCAAUAUAUCACCGAGAGUUCUCAUGGUCGAAGAGGCCGGACAGGUCCUGGAAGCGCACAUCCUUACAUCGCUUGUCUCAUCCGUACAUCACUUGAUCUGCAUUGGGGAUCCGCAGCAACUACGACCAAACCUCGCAACAUUUGCGUUGUCAAUGGACAGUGAACGCGGCAAACAGCUCUUCAAGUUUGACAGAUCGUUGAUGGAGAGACUCGCCGACGGAGGCCUUCCAAUGUCGCAGAUCAAUAUGCAGCGUAGGAUGCGCCCGGAAAUAUCGCAUUUCAUCCGUACCAUUCUGUACCCGACGCUCGAUGACCAUGCCGUCGUCCAGAGCUAUCCUCACGUCUCGGGUAUGCUUAAGGAUGUCCUCUUCUUUACCCAUACGAACAGGGAGAAUGGUUCGGAUGACUCAGUCUCCAAAUACAACGACUUCGAGGUCGAGAUGAUCCGGGAUCUCGUCUUAUAUUUCUUGCGGCAAGGAGUCUAUAAUGGUGCAGGAGACAUAGCUGUUCUUUGCGCGUACCUGGGGCAGUUGCAGAAGGUUCGCGCUGCCUUGCAGAACUUGAAGAUCGCUGUCUCAGUCGAUGAGAGAGACCAAGACCAGCUCGCUCGGCAGGGUAUAGACGAAGAGACAGCAUACGAAGAGGUGCUCGUCGCCAAACAUGUCCGGCUAGGGACCGUGGAUAUAUUCCAAGGACAAGAGGCCAAGAUUGUGAUUGUGUCCUUGGUGCGCAACUCUGGUACAUACGAGACGGGCUCGGCGUCCAUCGGAUUUUUGAAGAGUUCUAAUCGCAUCAAUGUUGCGUUGUCGAGAGCAAAGCAUGGACUCUACAUCAUGGGAAAUGCUGCGAACCUCCGCAAGAAUGAGACAUGGUCAACAAUUCUCAAUGAGAUGGAGGCACGCGACCAAGUUGUCCACGGUGUUCCGAUCGUCUGCCCUCGGCAUCCGGAUCAGGUUCGAACUAUCACGAAAGCUGGGGAGCUAAGUCGGCUGUCCCCAGGUGGCGGAUGCCUGCUGCCGUGCGCAUUCCGACUAGCAUGCGGUCAUAUCUGUCCAUCUGCGUGCCACUUCGCAGUUGACAAUCACUCGAACACUAAAUGCAUGGAACGUUGCACGCGUACGCCUUGUCCACGCAGCCACCCAUGCUCAAAACGCUGUUCGGAUGAUUGUGGGGAUUGCGAGUUCCCCAUGUAUGGCAUCAAACUUCCUUGCGGUCACAUCAAGGACCACGUUCCCUGCCAUAUGAUGGAGACUCUCGCCGAAGUGAAGUGCCAAGAGCCCGUCCGGAAGCAGCUGACACGAUGCGAACAUUCAGCCACAAUCCAGUGCUGUAAGGAUCCAGGGACUGUGUCAUGCUCGGAACUGUGCGGCGGGGUGCUCUCUUGCUGUUCAAAGACUUGCAAGUCUGCAUGCUCUGAUUGCCAGGCAUCAACACUCCUGGCAUCAGCUGUUCCUCAGGCUACCACUACUAGGAUUACACGAGACCAACACAAGCCUCACCCAUGUGAUCGUCCCCUCUACUGUCAACAUCCAUGCGGACUAGACUGCUCCCAGGAUCACCACUGCAAUACGAAGUGCAAGCAGGAUUGCCGACAAGAGUGCAUUCACCACAGAUGCCCGAAGUCAUGCCACGAGCCAUGUGCACCUUGUAUGGAGCCCUGUCCAUGGUUCUGCGCACAUCAAUCGUGUCCGGUUGCUUGCGGAUCGAUAUGCUCCCGUCUGCCAUGCGACGAACCAUGUAUGAAUCAACUAUCAUGCGGACAUCCAUGCCCCUCAGUCUGCGGAGAGCCAUGUGCAAAUCAGAUAUGCAUUGUCUGCUUGCCCGCCGAGCGUCGCGCCGACAUCGUCGAUUUCAUCAUGCAGAGAAGACUGGACGAAGUCGACUUAUCCUCGAGCGAUCCGAGCGAACGCUUGAUCGCUCUGGCCUGUGGCCAUAUCUUCACCGUGGAGACUUUAGACGGACACUGCGGAAUGCCUUCGUACUACGAGGUCGACCCCUUGGGCCGGUUCAUUUCGACUAAAGCACCACCGAUCAACUACCAGUCGCCUCCUACAUGCCCCGCCUGCCGUGGUCCAAUCACCGCCCUGCGCUAUGGCCGAGUAACGAAACGUGCGACCCUCGACAUCCUUGAACAGAACGUCGCAAGCAGAAUGUCUAGUUCACUCGAAGAUCUCUCGCCCGCGAUGGAGCAACUUGCCUCCGACUUGCAUACUAUGCAGGAGUUAGCGAAGAUCCUUCGGAAGGCAGAUGAGGUACCGGACUCGGAGUCGAUGCGUGCCAGAGAUGCUCAAGGCAAAUCGACUGAGCCUCUCAGCCCUGCGCUGCUGACUCAAAACUCUAUGGUCACGGUUCACGGACUUGACAAAGACGAGGCCAAGGCGUGGCAGGAUAUUGUCAAGGGUCUCGUGAAACUGUAUCGGCGCACCGUCAAUGUGGCGAACACUCGCGGUGCACAUGUGAAGGCGUACGAAGCAGCGCUCACGACUCUCUACCACAUGGAGAUGGCAGCAAUCGCUGACGACCCGUCGCGCGCGUCGGAUACGCCAGAGCAGACCGCCUUCGAAGCUGUCAAUAUGAAGGUCGGACAGCCACCCCACAAGGCCGAUACACGCUUCCAAAUCGACGCUUACCUUCUGUCACUCGAGUUGCGCUUCAUGCUGGCGCAGGUUGCGUCGAGCCGUGUUCAAGCCCUUCCCGUUGCGUCAGACAACACACAUCGUCAGCGCUGGACAUCCUUCAUUGACUUCGUCCUCGAGUCGUGCGUCGCAGAUGCGGGAAAGGCUCUAACCAUGGCACAGAAGUCAUCUGCAUCUCGUCAGGCAGCACGAUCGGCUGUCUACAUCAUCCGUUCCGAAUUCGAGAGAUUCAGGUCACAAAUCAUCGAGGAAAGAGCGGAGAUGGCGAGAACGGGCGAACUGACCGCGGCUCGUCGGCAGAUUUUGGUGGCGAAGGUCAAAGCGAAGAGCUCGGAGAUGUCGAACGCUGUAUCCAGACGCGAGGGAGAGUAUAUCCGCAGCAGGCCAUCGCAGAGCAUGCGAGGUCUGAUAGAGGAGAGGGCGUGGUUCAAGGAGAACUGCGGAAGGAAAGUCGAACGCUGGCGGGAAGAAUGCCUCGAGUUAGAGAAAGUCAUGUCUAGCGACAAGUUCUACCAGCCCCUCUCCCUUCAAGAACGCGAGGACAUCGUCAAAGCUUUCGGAUUCUCGCACCGAGGGCACUUCUAUAAUUGCGAGAAUGGGCACACUUUUGUCAUUACUGAGUGUGGUGGUGCCAUGCAGAACGCCGUUUGUCCUGAAUGCAGAGCGCCCAUUGGUGGAAUGGGCCAUCAACUGAACUCCUCAAACACUCGCGCAAGAGAAUUUGAGGACAUAGCACGCAUCCAUGGCUCUGCUGACGGCGCGUUCCCCUGGACGAGGGAUGCGUAAUGCCGUUCUCUGGAAGUGAUCAGUAGAGGGGGUCGAGUGGAUAUCCGACGCAACUUCGCCAUGUACCAGAUGAUCUUGGAGCGACUCAGAGUGAUAGCUUGAAUGUUCGACGCGAUUGCACGUACACAUGUAUUAUUUUUGCUUACGAACUUGAUGAACAUCGCAAUUCCCUGCAGCGACACAUCAGCAUGAGCCUGCGUGCCAAAUGCUCAUCUCACUAGGCUACUGAGAAGUUCGUUCACGAUCGGAUGUCCGGGCUAGGAGUCAAUGAUCUUGUGCAGAUUGUUAACACGUAGUCACCUAGUAGAACCUACAACAUUCGGCUCGUCCCAAAUUCAUCCGUUAAUGUCCCUAUGUUCACACUAGCAGAUGAC